AAAGACCCAUUCAGUGAUUUAUUUGCUCCCAAAAACUGCCACAUAGGCAGUAGUGGACACAUGAUAGGAUUGGGGUAUUUUUAGGGUAAACGACAUGCAACCGUCCCUUUCGUACACGUGUUUGGGGAAGCGUGGUUGAGCGGCGAGGGGACCUGUGUGUUCUGGACAUUAGGAAAGGCUGUAAACCAGUCGGCGUGAUUGUAUUCAAACCUCAGAUGGAACCCGCGGGUGCCUGCAGUUAGGCCCCUGAUCAAUAAGCUACAUAAUCAGAGGUGUGCAUCGUUGGAGAGAUGAGCAAACGGCUGAAGCUAGAUAAUGGCACUGUUAAGGUGCAAGAGCCAGUGCCUGAUCCAUGCACUUCUGAUAGCUCUGAAGAAGAGGAAGAAGCAGCAAAACCUGAAGAAAUCUGGGGAUACAAUACAAAACUACCUCAGCGAACAGCUCCACCAGACUUAAAACACCGCUGUGAUGUGUUGAACUUAAAAUUCCACCCGCAAGCAGACAGGCUCGUGGUUGCCACUGUUGAUGGCAGAAUAGCACUGCACAACUACAGCAGUGAGCGCAGUGACCUGGCGCUGACCCUGCCCACCUGCAAGUCCACGUGCCGCGGGCUCGAGUUCUCGGGCGACGGCGGCCUGCUGUUCUCCGGUUGGGCGGAUGGCUCCCUGCGCAUACACAGCAUGGAGACGGGCGCGCUGAAGCGGCGCCUGCCGGCCGCCCACCCGGCCGGCGUCUUCAGCGUGCUGCCUCUCACUGAGCGGCUGAUGGCCUCCGGUGACGACGACGGCACCGUCAAACUGUGGGACUACCGGACCCGGGCCUCGGUGCUGAUGCCGUCUUCCCUUGCACCAGUGUGGGACUACCGGACCCGGGCUGAAGUGAUGAGCGUCAAACAGUGUGAGGACUACAUCAGUGACCUGAUCUGCGACGACGACCAGCGCUGGCUGGUGGCCUCCUCCGGCGAGGGUACCAUCACCUCCUUCAGUCUCCGCACCCGCCGGGUCCACACCCAGUGUGACAUGUACGAGGCUCCACUCACGUGCAUGACGUUCAUCAAGGAGCAGAAGAAGCUGGCCGUAGGCAUGGCUUCCGACCAGGGAAAGGUGCCUAUCUUCAAGUGGGGACACUUUGGAGAGCACGUGAAUGUGUUCAAAGGACACCCGUCGUCGAUCAACGCUAUGGUGGCUGCCACCGACUCGCUGUUGGUGAUGGCCUAUGACGACGGCCAGAUUCGGGCGUGCAACAUCCUGCCGUACAAGUACUUCGGCGUAGUGGGCCAGCACCGGCGGCUGCCCGUGGAGGCGCUGGCGCUCUCCCGCGACGGCCGCAUGCUGGCCUCGUGCUCACAUGACCGGCUCGUGCGCUUCUGGGACAUCGGCUACCUCUACGAGAAGCGCUUCGAGACGAAGCACAUGGAGUGGCAGGAGCGGGGCAAGCGCGGAGACGCCAAGAAGCUGCUGCCCUCCUCCAAGGUGAAGGCUGCUUCCGAGUUCUUCAGUGAUCUCCCCAGAGAAGAUGAGGGUAUGUUCUUCUGGGACUAAGUUUGGAUGUCGUCUGCGUACAACUAUUUAAAGUUUGAUGUUUAUAUGGCUUAGGUAAAUAUAUGCCAAAGGGCGAA